AUGGCAGACCCCGCGUACACACCGACUGACGAGGAGCUGGCCCACUUGCAGAAGCUGUCGAGCGAAUAUGAGCCAGAGGCAACGGGCCCGCUUGUUGGUGAGCGCCAGAGCAGCGCAGCCAUCACCACUCAGUACGCCACUGCAGACCCCGUCUACAGAAUCAAGACGGCUGCGCUGCCCGCCAAAUACGCCUACUUCCGCACCUGUCGCGGCGACGGCCAUUGUGGCUGGCGAGCCAUUGCCUUCACCUACUUCGAGGCGCUGCUGCGAGUAGGCGAUGCAAACAAGCUCGAGGAUGAGGAAGCACGCCUCAACUCCAUGGGCAACUUGCUCGACCACAUCGGCUACCCGCGCGACAUCUGGAUGGACUUUGCCGAGGAGGCCUUCGAACUGCUGCGUACUCUGGCUAACUCGCUGCAUGCCAUGGACGGAGCCGCCCCCGACAUUCUGCUGCGUUCGUUCAACGACCUGGGCGUUUCCAUGGCCAUCAUCACGUACUUCAAGCUUCUCGCCAGCGCCUGGGUGCAGUCGCAUGCGGAUGACUUCGGCCACUUUGUCCCCAUGGGCGAUGUCAAAGCCUACUGCGCCAACAACAUCGAGCCUGCACAGUGUGAAGCCGACAACAUUGGCGUCGCUGCGCUGGCCGACGCGCUUGUCAAGCCGGCUGGGUUUGGUCUCGAGGUUUGGUACUUGGAUCGCUCCCCAGGUGAAGAGAUCAACCGAAGCUAUUUUGCAGAGCCAACAGACCAUAACAACAUGACUAUCCCUGGCGCUCCUAUGCUGAGGCUUCUUUACAGACCUGGCCACUACGACAUCCUCUACAAGGCUGAAGAUGUCCCCCAGCCAAUUCAACAUCAACCCAUUCAUCCUCAGUCAACCCUCCAGGUCAACCUAGCUAACUACAGCGACGACUUCGUGCCGGCAGCAUCGAACGUAGCCGACGUCAUGACCAUGAUCCCGGGUAUGUUUCCCACAGGUCUCGGUCAGCGAUGGCCUUCACUUUCGUGCGACUUCAAUCCAAGUCCGGUAGUCCAGCCUCAGAUCACGGCUUGUCAGCCGUAUCCAUCGGCGCCGGCGUCUGCGACUCGUACCAACAACCCCCACUUCGACUUCGUCUCGCCGAUCCACAGCAGUCCUGCAGAUCAAUACAAUCCACCGGGCCAUCACAACAUCCAGCUCGAGCAACCACCAAUGACGCUUCCCAUCCAUCCACCGCCCCCUGCUACAAUGAGUGCUGAACGAACAGCCCCAUUGGCGGUCGAAAGAGGUGGCCCUUUUCGACCAUCCAUGUAUGAGUUGGAACCAGGAUUUGGCUUUUUGGGUUACGCACAGCCCUUCCAGACAUCGAUAUUUCGCAACUCUCAUUUCAACACAGCGCACUUUAUGAAUCCAGAAUUCCAGCCCGAAGAGUGGUGUCCAGACGGCGAAUACACGACUAGCAACAGAGGACGUCACAAAUCCCACUCCUCAUAG